GCUCCAGGGCCCGCCCCGGUCUUCCGACAAAGAGCGCGAGUUCCCAGGACUGAGCCCCCACGCCGGGGCUCUGGCCGGAGCCCAGCAAGUCCUCUCCCCGGCGGCCUUCUAGUCUCAGCCGAGCGGUGGGGAGAAGGUCUAUCCAACGAUCGCGCCGGUGGCGCGGGGCGUGGGCUGGGCCUCCGGACGUAGGGUCCCCGGGGCGGGGCUCACCGUGUCCGCGUGUCGUGCACUGUCCAGCUGGAUUCCGUCAGUGCCACACACUCGAUCCCGAGAUGACGGCAAGCAAGCGAGUGGCGAAGGAGCUGGAAGAUCUUCAGAAGAAGCCUCCCCAGUACCUGCGGAACCUGUUCAGCGAUGACGCCAAUGUCCUGGUGUGGCAUGCUCUCCUCCUGCCCGACCAACCUCCCUACCACCUUAAGGCCUUCAACCUGCGCAUCAGCUUCCCUGAGGAGUAUCCGUUCAAGCCCCCCAAGAUAAAUUUCACAACCAAGAUCUACCACCCCAAUGUGGACGAGAACGGCCAGGUUUGCCUGCCCAUCAUCAGCAACGAGAACUGGAAGCCUUGCACCAAGACCAGCCAAGAUAGAAGGAUGCUUCCUGUGAUCCUGUGA